AUGGGAUUUUUGCCUGAGGUAAGACUAGAAGGUGCAGACCUGAUAUUCAUGCGCUUUGACACAGACGUGAUGUUCAUGCGUUUUGAGAAAAACAUCUUCACACAUUUUGAGUUCUUCAGUGCUGACGCUGUCUUCUGCAGGGCAUGGGUGACGUCGGACUUUGGCCCAGGUGAGCGGGGGCGGCGGCAGGCCGCGGGCGGGGAGAGCUGCCGGUGGGGCCGGGAAACGGCGUCGGUGGCGCUUCUCUGCGAACAGGUUUCUGCGACCGCGAAUACAGAUGCACUACAAGAAGCAAUUUCUGCUCAUGCAGCAAGAGAGCAAACAGCUGAAUACUCAGAUGACUUUGAGAGUGACGAAGAUGGCAUGUUAAAUGGUAUUGGGGAAGAACUUAAUGAAAGUAAUUCAGGUGCUGAAAACACUAAGAAAUCAGUCACUGUUGAGAGUUCUCUCUCAGGUGAUGAUGCUUCACAAAAAGCAGCAGAUUUGGAAAAUGAAGCUGCUGAUGACUUGACUUUAUCCUUUCAUGAAAAGAAGCUUCAGCGACUAAUGCUCUUAGAAAGUGAAAACAUACAGGAUGACAGAAAAGAUGGCGAAGAAGAAUGUUUGGAAAAUCAAAAUGAGGGUGAUGACAGAAAAGAUAAUGAAGAGUGUUCAGCUGCUGAAGAAGUACCAUGUGAUAAUACUGAAAGUGACCGCGAUAAUGACUUGCCUAUUUGUGAACCACAGAAAAAAAGAAAUCAAGAGGAAAACAAACCAAUACCAAAGCCACGGGUGCACAAAACAAGAAAUGCUUCAGCAUCAGAUCAAGAUCAGAAGAAGAUCAGCACCAGUGACUUGAAGCUGGAGGACAACGGCAGAAAAUCUCCUUCUGUGACAGAAGUAAUGAUGACCACAGUAUAUGGGAAAACAAAGAAAUUAGAGAAGUCAACAGAUGACAGUUCAGAUGAAAUGGUGAAAAUAGUGGAAGGGCAAAUAGUAACUGAUACAGUACAGGAGGUAUCAGUGAAUGAUCAGUCUGAGCAUGGGGAGGCAAAGAACACUUCAAAGGACUCUGCCAAGAAACUAGAUGAAACAAUGGAGAGAGUUCUAAAAAACCCAAAAGCUUCUUUAUCUGACAGGUCUCUGUCUUCUGCGCACUUAAAGAAAAAGGCAAAAGCUGUUCCAUCAGCUGCACCUAUUUCAUCUCAAUAUCUGGGAACAUUAAAGGUGUUGGAGGAUAAACGUGUGCAGAAAAACAGUACAAAAUUUGACAAAGCAGAUAGUUUACGAGCAGCUGUUUUCCAGAAUUGGUUGGAAAAGAAAAGGGUCUUUCUACUGGAAUUAAAGAGAAUUGAAAAGAAGAAAGCUGAAAAUCUAAGGAACGAUACUGAAAAGAAAGAAGCCGUUAAAAGACAGGAAGCAAUUGCAUCUUUUGAAGCCUGGAAAAAAAAGAAAGGAAGAGAAGCAAAGAAGUUAAGUGAAAAAAAGAAGCUUGAGGAACUUAAGACAAAGAACGCAGCAGAACAGAAUGAGGAGAAAACAGAAGCAGCACAGAAGGCAUUCGAAAAAUGGAAAGCAAGAAAAGCAGAGUAUUUAAGAGAGCAAAGCAGAAAGGAAAAACAAUCUGAAAGAAUCAGGAAGAAGAAAGAAGAGGAACUGGUUGCAGAGAAGAAGAGAGACAGCAUGUCAGCAGUUGAAAAAUGGAAUGAAAAAAAGGGAGAAUAUAUGAAACAGAAGAAAGCAGAAAAAAUCCUAGAGAGAAGAAAGCAAGAAAUACAACAGGCAAAGAAGGAAGAAAAAAAUAAAAAGGCUAUGGAGGAAUAUGAAAGAUGGCUGGAAAAGAAAGAGAAGAGAGAGCAGCUUGAGAAGAAGCAAAAGAAGUUGCAGGCUGUCCAUGGGGAUGAAGUGCCUUCUCCCUGGAGUCCACCUGGCAAAGUCACAUAUUCAAGAAAUUACUGA